CAGACGAAGUUUCGACAAUGUAAUUCAUCGAAAAACUGUGGUUUUCAAUUGCAAUAGCUUAUUAAAAAUAUAUUAUUUUUAGCCUAAUAAUAACUAGUGUAUUAAAUAUUCAUUACUAAAAUACAGUAAAUGUUUAAUAUCAACGAAUGUUUAGAGGUAGAUAAAAGAACUAGAUCAAACCGUGUCUGUAUGUUUGACAAAAGUUGUAAGUGAAUUAAAUAAGUCCAAAUUUGAGUUUAAAACUUCAUUAGUAAUGAAUAAAUAUUAAAUUAUUAUGAAAACGAUUGACUGAUGCAUUUUUGGAUCAAUAAACCAGCGGGCAGGUCCCGUACAAUUGGUGGAUGCAGAAGAUAUCAGGCUGGAACAGCUAUCCCGGCAUCUUCGUUCCAAGCAUCAAUACCUUUACUAAAAAACCGUACUGGUCGAAGAAAUUCAAAGAUUAGAAGUUCUGUAACAAGCUCAAUGGUAUCUUCUAAUAGGAUUCGUUCAAAUUUAUCUCCAAAUUCAAGAUCUUGUGGGAGAUGUGUUGUUUAUCAUCCCAGAACCGAUGAUGUUAGCAGUAAUAAUGCCGGACAAUCAACCACAACACACCAUGGACAACAAACUAACAACAUCGCUAAUAAUGCAGUAACAAAUACCACACAUGUUCGACGCGUCCUACCAAAUGAUCCAACUCUCAACAGAGGAAUCAUAGACUUUUCGGAGAUUGCAGAAAUUAGCCGUGCAGAAUUAGCUGGCUAUAGACUACGUUGCGGCGUAUUCAUUAUAUUUGUUUUAGCAACUGGAUUUGUUUCAAUUGCUAAAUUUUGUAUCGGACACAGGCCUGACAAAGGUCUAGAUGUUCUUAUCUUUUGUGGUCUCCUUGUAACUUUAUUAAUAUCUGGCUGCUUUUAUUCAACACUCUUUCGUCGUACUCGUAAUAAUCAUCACUACCAUGUACCAGAAAUUCCAAUAGCAACAGUUACAACAGGUGUAACUAAUGACAGAUCAAAUCAUCAGUGUAUCACAGAAAAUUUAUCAUCAACACUGAUGCCCACAUCGCCUCAUUUACAAGAACAGGCACUCGAGCAAGUAUUUGAACAAGAAUUAGCUGCACAAAUAACAUUAAUGUCAACAUUACCUCGAUUGCAGCAACAAUCACUCAAUCAGCAUCAAACUACACAAAUAGCGUCUUCAUUACAUUUAACAACACCAACGCCAACACUACCUUCACCUUCACCUCCACCUUAUCAUAUUGCUAUUCUUAUACCACCAUCAUCCUCGACUUACGAAGCUCCUCCUCCAUCUUAUGAAAAAGCUACAAGAUAGAAUAUAUGUACAUAAUUUUCAAUAAACUGUUAACAUUAAAGUUCUUAACUAAUAAUGCAUUAAGUAAUUACGAAUGAUUUAAUAAUACCAAAUAAAAUUGAAAUAUUUAAAAUUACCUUAAACAUAAAAUAAUAUAAACACAUAAUUAGUAGUGCACUGUAUG